AAACUCACACCCAAUGAGGGAAAACCCUAAUCGGGUUAGUCUGUACCUGUGAGAGAUGUGAAAUCUGUGCGUAAAUCUCAGAACAAAAGAAUGUACUCCCUUUAAAAUCCACAAACUAAUUUGUUAUUUUGAUGUUCAUUGAUGUCAUUUCACCUUUGAGAUUUUUAAAUGUCUUUCUAUUUGAACUUAAUUAAAGGUGGACAUUUAGUUCUAAAAUUAAAUAGAGAGAUCAUAAUCAGUAUUUCCUCGUUCUAAAUCUAAAUCCUAAGCUCAGUUUUUAUUAUAAAAUGUAAUAUAUUUAUGAAAGGAUGAAAUGAACUGAUUUGUAGAGCUGCCAGCUGCUCCUUUCCUUUCAAUUGGAGAAGGUUGGCUCUUUUGCGCGCCCGCGCGCGCACUGCUCGUGCGCUCUAAUUGGCGCGCGCGCUCCCUUGAGUGAGGGUAGAGGUCUGGUUGUCUCUGCAGCGCGGCUCAAAAGAAACUUGUGCAGAGAAAACUUUGACGAACACCGACAAAUGUCUGUCUGCUAGCAGGAAUCUCUGGAAGUUUAUGGUGCUCCCGAACUCUCCAAAUGUGUGACGAGGGAGAGGAAAGCGACGGCGGCGAGAGGGCGCAUCUCUCGGAGUCCCCCUCUCCGCCACUGUCAGUGAUUUUCCCCCGAGGAUCUCCUUCUUCUCCGCGGCCCUUGGACCUCUUCUCCUCCGCCUCUCCGCUGUUGGGGGACACGGACCCGCCUUAUCUCGCCUCCUCAGAGUGCCUGCACCUGUCUCCGGAGAACCUGGAGCUCGGGGUUUCCACGCGCUUCACAUCUCCAAAGUUCCGUCAGAGCACGGCGGGCGCCGGCUCUCCGCUUCGGCCGGAUUCACGGAGAGAUGUGGGAUUUGAUCACUAUGAUGUCCCCGUUCCCAAAUGGAGAGGACGAGGCGCCGAGAGCUCCGAGCGCCUUCAGCACCGCGGACAGAGACUCCAGCAGGCGCCGGAACUGCAGGACUACGGGAACCACUGCUCCACUGAGCUCAUAGACACCGAGUUCAACUCCGAAACACGACAAUCGGUGGAAGCCAUGAAUCGCCGUCACACCACGCUCAGGGAGAAGGGGCGUCGCCAGGCAGUACGGGGACCAGCCUAUAUGUUCAAUGAGCGUGGCUCCCCCCUCACUGCAGAGGAGGAGCGCUUCAUGGAUGCUGCGGAGUACGGGAACAUUCCUGUGGUGCGCAAAAUGCUGGAAGAGUCCAAAACACUGAACUUCAACUGCGUGGACUACAUGGGCCAGAAUGCUUUGCAGCUGGCAGUGGGGAAUGAGCACCUGGAGGUGACGGAGCUGCUGCUCAAGAAGGACGGUUUGGCCAGGAUUGGGGACGGCCUUCUUUUGGCCAUUUCCAAAGGUUAUGUUCGAAUCGUGGAGGCCAUCCUGGCUCAUCCGGCUUUCGGCGGGGGCAUCCGACUGGCGCUGAGCCCUCUGGAGCAGGAGAUGCGGGAUGAUGACUUCUACGCCUACGACGAGGAUGGAACACGCUUCUCGCAUGACGUCACGCCCAUCAUUUUGGCAGCUCACUGCCAGGAGUACGAAAUCGUUCACAUACUUUUGACAAAGGGGGCCCGCAUAGAGAGGCCCCAUGACUAUUUCUGCAAAUGUUUAGAAUGCGUGGACAAGCAGAAGAAAGACUCAUUCAGUCACUCGCGCUCCAGGAUGAAUGCGUAUAAAGGCUUAGCCAGUGCAGCAUACCUGUCCCUCAGCAGUGAGGACCCCGUACUCACAGCACUGGAACUCAGCAAUGAACUGGCAAGGCUGGCCAACAUAGAGACGGAGUUUAAGAACGACUACCGUAAGCUGUCCAUGCAGUGUAAAGACUUUGUAGUGGGUGUGUUGGACCUUUGUCGGGACACGGAGGAGGUUGAGGCCAUAUUGAACGGCGAUGUGGAUCAGUGCCCACCCAGCCCUUACAACCGGCCCUGCCUCAGCCGCGUCAAACUCGCCAUCAAGUACGAAGUCAAAAAGUUUGUCUCUCAUCCCAACUGCCAGCAGCAGCUGCUCACUAUCUGGUACGAGAACCUGCCAGGCCUGAGGCAGCAGUCCUUUGGUGUGAAAUGCUGGACAGUGCUGGGGGUUACAGUAGGCCUGCCCUUUCUGGCUAUUGCCUACUGGAUUAUGCCAUGCAGCAAGCUCGGCCAGAUCCUGCGAAGUCCCUUCAUGAAAUUUGUGGCUCACGCCGUUUCCUUCACCAUCUUCCUCGGCCUGCUGGUCAUCAACGCGUCUGACCGCUUUGAGGGAGUUAAGAAUCUGCCAAAUGAGACCAUCACAGACCACCCACGGCAAGUGUUCAGGGUCAAAACCACACAGUUCUCCUGGACAGAGAUGUUGAUCAUGAAAUGGGUGCUGGGGAUGAUCUGGUCAGAGUGCAAAGAGAUCUGGAGCGACGGGCCCAGAGAGUACAUCAUGCAUCUUUGGAAUGUUCUAGAUUUUGGCAUGUUGUCCAUAUUUGUGGCCUCCUUCACGGCUCGCUUCAUGGCUUUCCUGAAAGCCUCCAAAGCCCAGCAGUACGUAGACAUGCACGUCACAGACGAAGACCUCAGCAAUGCCUCUCUGCCAGACGACGUUGCCUACUUCACCUACGCCAGGAACAAGUGGCGACCCUCUGAUCCCCAGAUCAUCUCAGAGGGCCUGUACGCCAUCGCCGUGGUGCUGAGUUUCUCCCGCAUCGCCUACAUCCUGCCCGCCAACGAAAGCUUUGGCCCACUGCAGAUCUCGCUGGGGCGCACCGUCAAAGACAUCUUCAAGUUCAUGGUCAUCUUCAUCAUGGUGUUUGUGGCCUUCAUGAUUGGCAUGUUCAACCUGUACUCCUACUACCUGGGAGCCAAGUACAAUCCUGCCUUCACCACGGUGGAGGAGAGUUUCAAGACUCUCUUCUGGUCGAUAUUCGGACUGUCUGAAGUGAUCUCAGUGGUGCUAAAAUACGACCACAAGUUCAUAGAGAACAUUGGCUACGUGCUGUACGGAGUCUAUAAUGUCACCAUGGUGGUCGUUCUUCUCAACAUGCUCAUCGCCAUGAUCAACAGCUCAUACCAGGAGAUAGAAGAGGACGCUGACGUGGAGUGGAAGUUCGCCCGUGCCAAACUGUGGCUUUCCUAUUUUGAUGAGGGCCGCACCCUGCCUGCCCCCUUCAACCUGGUCCCCAGCCCCAAGUCUUUCUACUACUUAGUUCUCCGCAUCAAGUCCGGCCUCAUACGCCUCUGCAAGGCCAACGGUCGGCACCACAGUAAUGAGCUGGAGAUGGGCAAGCUCAACUCCCAGGCCAAGGAUGAACGCUUUAAGUCGCGUCCGGGAGAGGAGUUCACCCUGAGAAAGUCUAGAAAACACCCGACCCGAUAUCAGAACAUCAUGAAGCGCCUCAUUAAACGUUAUGUGCUGAAAGCUCAAGUGGACAAAGAGAGCGAUGAAGUCAAUGAGGGCGAGCUGAAGGAAAUCAAGCAAGACAUUUCCAGCCUCCGCUACGAGCUCCUGGAGGAGAAGUCCCAGGCCGCGGGAGAGCUGGCUCUGCUCAUCCAGCAACUCGGCGACAAGUUUGGCAAGAACACCACGAGACACUGACAGGUUUUGAAAACGGAGGGGACAAGAAAGACGACGUGAAAGAGGGUGAAAAAAGGAAGUGGUUGAGGAAAGUAGAGGUAUUUUUAUGAGUAUUGUGCGCAAGCGGGGUGGAAAGAAACACACAGGGGAAGCAGGAUGUUUAUGGUAAAUGACCAGAGGUGAAUGGAGGAAGUAAAGACUUCAAAUGUCCAAUUUGAUAACUUCGGAUAAGGCCUAAGUGCUUUAUAUUCACAAUGCCAGGUCAGACAAGAAUGUAUAAUGAACACUGUAGCUGAGAGUUAGCAUGAGGUUAAAUAGUCAAAGGUCAGCGAAGGUCGGCUGGAUAGGCUAUAUGUUGACAGUUCUCCUCUAAUUAAAAGCAAAGUCUGCAUGGAGGAAAAAACGGGGAGUAAGAAACAGACUCGGAGGGGGGGAUUCAAGAAUGAAGCGAUGUGACGAGGCACCACAAGGGCACAAGAGCGAUGCAGUCCCAAUGAAUGACCUACAUCCCCUGCCAGCAGACAUCAUUGAAUCUCCCGUUUGGAGGAGAGGGGGCGGCCCUGUGAGUAGACAGCAUGCAGAGCAUUUGAAGUGGGCAGGGGGGUGAAGCAGAAAUUACAGCUGUUAUUCACAGCAGAUAGACUGCCUUUUGCGUCCAUGUCCUCACUUUGUCAGAAAGGAAAGCAGUAAAGCCUGUGGAGCGAGACACACCUUCAUCUAUGAGGCUAUCUAAUUAAAGCGACUCAGCCUUUCAUGCACAACUGAUGGUAUUAAUCAGAGGGAUAAGGGGAAGCAUUUGUAUCUACUUGGAAAUAAUUAAUACCCAGAAAAAAUUAAGCAUUAUUAUAUUAUGCCCAGUGUUUUUAACUUUGUUGCUUUUGGUGAAUUUGCAGCUACAUUAGGAAGAAAAGCUUUUUAUUCAAAGAUAAAAAUAUCAUAUUUUUAUGCAAUAAAAGCUGCAAGCAAACAUUGACUAUAGAAUGCAGACACAUUAAAAUAAAUAAAAUUGUAGCAGUUUAGGCACAAUGAAUGUUUGAAAAAUAGCAUAUACGGUAUUUUCCAACCAAAACAGGAACAGGUUUAUUCAUCUCAUUUGUGAGAUGACAAAAAAGGGCAAACGUGUUAUGGAAUUAUUUCAGUUAGAAGAAAAUGUGCACUCUUCCGCAGAGAUUUGUUGGUAACAGUUCAUGGUCUUGUUUUCUCAAUGUCUUUUUAGUUUAAACGCUGCACGAGAUCUAUAGGAACUUUGCCACAAUCAUCUGACAUAUCGGUGUAUGAGGUAACUGUUAGUUGACAGUUAAAAUGCUCUAGAAAUGAACUAUUUAACAAUAAAAGAACUAUAAAAAAAUUUUUUGGUAAUGUACAAGUAUAAAAACCUGAAUUGCCAGUUGAAAUCAGUCAAAAUGACGAUGUAGCUAUAUAAUGUACUGAGAUAAGGCUGAAUUGUAGGGUCAGCCAUGAUUUCUAUUGUUUCACUGCAAACUUUUCUGAUUUUUUUUUCUUUACAUAUACAUUUUUUAGACCUAUAUUAAAUCAUAUUUUUUUUCACCAGCUAUCACAAACAGGUUGUAGUAGCAUAACAUCGGAUUUUCAUAUAUGUAAAUACAUUUACACAUGCAGUCCCUUGCAGCUAUGUCUGUCUGUCUGGUGACUAAUGCACAUCCUGGCUCUUUUCUAUAGCAAACUAAAACAGCGAUGACUUCAGGCCAUGUUCUGCAAUAUUUACACUUCACCAUCAACAUGACACAACUCUGAAAUUACAUGCAGUGAGACAAACUUAGACUAACUUCAGCAAGUCCACCAGAUUGGAGGCCAACAGCACCUUACAGCUUGCAAAGGUCACAUGUAACACAGGGGGAGGUUUGCAGUGAAGGCCGUGAAUUCAUGUGUAGCAUCGAUUUUUGCUCCAGUUGGAGUUACAGCAUGUUUAUCUCAUUUGUUUGAAGGAGAGACAGGAGUACUGGCUCAACAAACAAAAAGAAAUAAAAGAGAUGCGUUGAGUUGCUGUCAUACAAAAUCUGUUAAAUAAAGAAUCAACUGCAUUCACACUUCAAGUACUCUUCGGUCAAUGAAAGAAAACUGUUGACUUGCUGUACUUGAAUCUACAUAUUAUAAAGUCGGGACAUUAACAGAAUUAUUAUUGUCUUCUUCAAGACUGUAAGCAGUUUUUAGAAAGAUCCUUUAAAGACCAACUUCAAUGGAAAUUGUGGUUUUGCUGUUUUUAACAUGUUCUUAUAGCAUUUUCUCCUGAUGGAGGACAUAUUUAAAAUAAUUUAAGAUUAAAACUGCAUUUUUUGGUAUGUCUUUAUUUAAAUCAUGAUGGAUCAGGAGCCAGUGAAAAUCUGUGGCUUGAAAAAGCUCAGGUUUGCAAUGAAGUCUCCUUGCUUUGCUUCAAUUCUGAUGCAUCCACUUGCAGACAUAAAGAAGUUUUAACAUCUUCCUCGUUUGAGCUGCUAUCUGGCUCAAACUCAGAUGGCCACAAUAUUGCUUGUCUUUCUAUUUUUUUUUUUUUCUAAUGCUAAUGUUAGCUUGGUGUUUAUAAGGGGCUGUAAGCUAGCAGAAGAGAGUGUAAACAAAGGAAUUCUAGGCUAUCAAUGUAGAGUUACUUCUGCACCAACUGUCCUUCCCACCACCCAGAGGUGAAUUUCUGGUAAACUCCUGCCGCUCUGCAAAACAUGUGUCUCAAAAAAACAAUACAGGCUUUUUGAUUGAACUGCAUAAUCACAAUUAAAAGACCACUGGGAAUAAUUUAAACUGAUAGUUGAAAUGGGGACUUUAAUGAAAAAAAAUGUUUUCUUUUUUUCAAGGAAUAAUAUGCAGCUCUGAUGUGCAGUAUUUAAUAAAGAUUCUACAGUAUAAAUUGCAAAAACACUGAGAAAAAUUAUCUUUCCUGCCCCCUUUUUUGUAGACUUGAAGCUAAUGUGGAGUACCAACUCACAGAAGGUGAAGCUUAAAUGUCAGGAUUUCUCCUGUGUCUAUAAUAAAGUCUCUUGUGAAUUAGUGUUCAUUUUAAAUGGGUUUUUGCCCUAUUUAACUCCAAAAGUCUUUGUCAAAUUGAAGUUUUUCAAGGUAAGGCUUGUGAGCAACCAAUGCAUGUUUUAGUUUUGCUUAUUCUUUUCAGCAAUUAGCUCAGAACAGACGCUAAAUUUGGAAACUACUCUACAAAACUGAAUCUUAAGAAAGUAAAAAGGUUCUUGUUUCAAGAAAAAAGGUCUUAUAUCUGUCUUGAAAGAAAAUAAUCUUGUCAAGAAGAAAGUGUUUUUGUUUUUUAACAGCAAAAUAUUCUUAAUUUGAUAAAGCAUGUCUUAGUGCCGACAUUUUUUUUCUUAAUGAGAAUUCUAGGUAAGAACAGUUUUCUUACCUGUUGGCAGAUUUUGUUGGCUCACUUAAAUAAAAUCUGUGACUGGGGUAAAAAUUGUAUUAAGGAAAUGCUUAAUGUUUUAAAUAGCUACAGAUUUUAGGUAAGAACUGUGAGCGUAAAAUUAUUUUGCAGUAACAUUUUAAUAAUACUCAUUACAUCAAGAAACAGACAAACAGAUAGUUGCUAAUCUGGUCAGAAGAAAACGAGCUUGCUUCUGUCCUACAUUGUCUCUGGUCUUCUAUUUUUGUUUUUAUAUCUUAUUCUUAAUUAAAAUCAGUUUAAAAUGUGGAGUUUAUAAAACAUGUAUAAGCCUUUUGGAUUUUUCUGUGAUUAUGAAUAUCAAUUGAUAUUUUCUUUUACAUUCUUUCGACUAUUGUAAGUCUUCAACUGUUCACGCAAUUAACUGAUGGAUAAAGUGGAAAAAAGCAGCUUUGUGCUGUUACUCAACUUUUUAGUAAUAUUACGUAUAUUAGUGCAAAAACAGUAUGGAAAAGCUGCUUUAUUCUGCCUCAGAAUCAGCUGAUUCAUGUUGACCACCUUAAGAGUUGAGGAGUUGCAGUAGGUCAACGAGCGUAUGUUAUUUAGGUGUCACCAGCGACAGUUAAGUCAUCAAAGCCACACAAAGAAAAACUUGAGUAAGGCUAAACAUCUGUAAAAAAAACGUAAAGAUUGAUUACAGACCAGAUAAAGAUAAGUCAACUAGCUGAAGAAACCCAAACAGAGAUACUAAACAUACAAGUGCAGGAAGCAACAGAUAAGUUCCAGUCUACCUACCAAACUCAACCAGCAGCCAUGCAACUCAAGGACGAGGAGCAGGAAAACUAUCACAAAAAACAUAAACAUAAACUAGACAUGACAGUGGGGUACAGUAAAUCAUUAAAAGGGUGCGUGGUCCACUCACACACGGAAAAUCUGAAUUUCUCUCCAGGGUCUUCAGAGCACUUUGUUUUUCAUCCACUCAGAAUCAGUGUUCUCUAAUUGUACACACACUCACACAGUCUAACUGUUCUUCGGUGUGUGAGUCUGUCUUUGACACAUCAUUAAGGCUGAGAAUUGAACCCUAGCUUUUCUGGAAGCACAAAAUUCCAAUAACUACCCACUAACUUAAAGUUAAAAAAAAUAUAUAUAAAAAUAAUUUUAUCAUAACAGACUCCCUACACUGCAAAAAUGGUAACUUAAGUAAUCCUCAAAGCUCUAGAAACAGUCAAUAAAAGCAAACUAUCUUUAUAUCUGUUGAAUUUUUUUGAAAUGUUUAAACACGAUAUCUAAGCACCACAUCCAAACAGCACAAGCACUAAUGUUUAGCAUGUUGCCAUUAAGGGAUAUAACCAUCAAAAUAUGACAAUUGAAUAUUAGCUAAUACAUUUAAACAGUAAUGUAUAUUUCUAUCUUUGCUAAAAUGAUUUGCACUGCAUUAACUUACACACAACCUUCAGUAAGUUAAACUCCUAGUGCACAUAAGAGAAGUUAAGAGAAAUAUUGUUUAAUUCAUAACUUUGCUUCAGCUUGAACAGAUUUAAUUUAUUUUUAAAAGAUAAUAAUUGUUCUUAUUAUUGUACUUUGGGAUUACCCAGGCAGAUCUGUCAAUAUUCACAUUUUUUGGUAAAAAAGAAAUGUUUGGAAACAAUUUUCUACACUCUGCAAAAGUGAUAGAGAUUCCUGUCAAAUCUUUUAAAGGUAAAAUAUCUUUCAUGGUUACUUUUUUUACAGCUAUUGUAACUGAAACUUCAAAAAAUAUUGUUUAUGGUCUUUUUUCAUAUAAGGUUUGAUUUUAUGCUACUGCUAUUUCUAUUGGCUUAAUUCAUGUUACUCCUAAGAGUUUUGGCUUUUGUUUCUCAAAGCAGAAAUUAGAAAAAGGUUUCAUCAUUUUCUGAAAAAACUGCAUUUUUUGAUCCAGACUGUAGACAUGAAAUGUUGAAUAAACAAAAUCUUCUUCUGUAAAUUGUCCUAUUUUUGAUCCUUGAAUUAAACAGAUAACUCUAAAAA